AUGCAAGCAUUUCGCUCAUUAUUAAAGACAGCAUGGAAGCCUUUAAACAGCUCGAACAGCUUAUUAGCCACUCGUAAUUUCAUGACACAGCCUGCAUAUCAAAGCCGUAUCCUCAGUCAAUUAAAACCUACAACAUUUGCACCCAUUCAACAACAAAAGGCAGGCAUGGCCACCUUGAACCAAGUGAUCAAAAAGUGUCGCAAGACCAAGGCCAAGUUGAGUAAGACACCAGCUCUUGAAGGAUGUUAUCAACGUAAGGGUGUUUGUAACAAAGUGUAUACGACCAAGCCCAAGAAACCCAAUUCUGCUGUCAGAAAGGUUGCUAGAGUCAAGUUGACCAAUGGUAAGGUGGUCACAGCUUAUAUUCCUGGUGAAGGACACAAUUUACAAGAGCACUCUGUUGUUCUGGUUCGUGGUGGUCGUGUUCCUGAUCUUCCUGGUGUGCGUUAUCAUCUUGUGCGUGGCGCUUUGGAUCUUCAAGGUGUUGCUACCAGAACUACCAGUAGAUCUAAAUACGGAACCAAGAAGCCUUCCAAAAACUAA